GGGCAAACUAAUACGUGAACAUAAGCAGGAUUUCAUCCUCUUUCGAGAACUGUGUUUGUUCAAACCGAACUGUUAUCAGUUUUUGCUGCACGUUGACAAUAAAUUCAAACAUGGCGAUGGGGCAUGUUUACGAAUUGACAUCGGGGAACGUUUACGAACUGUGUUUCGUGCGUAAACGUUCCCCUGAACCUUUUCAGGCUGUUAAGAUCCGCUUAAUUAUUAUGCAAUGAUUAAUUACGUUAGCCUACAUCCUUCCUUUGUACUUCAUAAUGACAAAAUAUUUACUUACCUAAAAUAUAUACCUAAUAUUUGAAUUGAAGUUGGCUUUUGCAAGGUUGUUGUCAUAAGAAAAUACAGAAAACUACAUUUUGUGGCCUAAAUUAGAAGCAACACAGAUUUAUCGGAUGUUUUGUAUUUUUUAUUCGCGAUUUCUAAGGUUUUGAUGAGGUGAAUUUCUGUUCAUCAAGUGCCAAUACUUUUUUCUUUGAAAAACUAGUUGACGAGUAGGCCUAUGAUUGAAUCAUUCUUCAGUUAUAUAGACUACAGAUUUGUAUGUUAUAGCUUACAAUGAGCGUAGUUCAGCCCUCAUAUGUGUUAGCCUUUCAUUCUAUUGACAUAAUUUUCAUCCUUUAAUGAAUUUUCUUUAUUUUUCAGAUGGUAAGAAAUUACGUUUGCAAAACUGAUAGAGCCAAGCUGGACAUAAAUGUAAUGAAAAGGGCUGUGCUUCAAGUAAGACUUGGGCAAAACACCAUACGAGGAACUGCCAAACUCUUUGGAUUGAAUGAUAAAACUGUUGGAAAUUAUUGCAAAAAAUGGGCUAAUUUGACCAACGAAGACCUGAAAACACAGAUGGAAAAUGUAAAUGUUGAGGCACCACCAGCACUAGAGACCCCACCAGUGCCAGAGGCCCCACCAGCGCCAGAGACUCCACAAGCAUCAGUGUCCCCACCAGCGGCAGAGGCCCCACCAGUGCAAGAGGCUCCACUACCACCAGAUGCCCCAACAGUGAGAGAAGUCCCACCAACUCUUGGACUGGUGCAAUUUGGAUACUCCAAACAUCUUAAUGUGUUCGAGCCAAACCAAGAAAAGUUGCUAGUGGAAUAUCUUCUGAAAGCUUCUGAUAUUUAUUUUGGCCUUUCACCUAAGGAAGUAAGACGAUUUGCUUAUACAUAUGCAGUAGCCUGCGGCAGAAAAAUCCCUCAGUCUUGGACCGACAAUGGAAUGGCAGGACCUGAUUGGCUAACUUUGUUCCUAAAACGGAAUAGGACACUCUCAAUUAGGGCCCCUCAAGCAACGAGCUUAGCUCGAGCCACAAGUUUUAAUAGAACCAAUGUGUCAGCUUUUUUUGACAAUUUGACAACAGCUAUAAAUAGACUUAAGGUUGGUCCUGCUGACAUUUGGAAUGUUGAUGAGACAGGUGUGACGACGGUUCAGAAGCCAGACAGAGUCAUAGGACGCAAAGGGUUUCGGCAAAUAGGGAAAAUGACUUCAGCUGAAAGGGGAACUCUAGUAACAGUGGCCCUUGCAGUGAGUGCUGCUGGGACAUUCAUCCCUCCAUUCAUUAUUUUCCCUAGGGUUAACUUCAAAGAACACUUUCUGAGAGAUGGUCCUGUUGGCUGUGCUGGAGAUGCCAACCCGUCAGGAUGGAUGAUGGAAAAAAACUUUUUAAAAUUUGCAAAGCAUUUUGUGACCCAUGUCAGGUGUUCUAUUGAGAAUCCGUGUCUCCUGAUUUUAGACAAUCAUGAGUCUCAUUUAUCAGCAGAUCUAUUAGAUUACUUCAAAGAGAAUGGGGUAACUUUGCUAUCAUUCCCGCCUCACUGCAGCCACAAACUGCAGCCUCUAGACCGCAGUGUUUUUGGGCCCCUCAAAAAAUAUAUAAACACUGCAUGUGAUUCUUGGAUGGCUAGUAACAAACGCCCAAUGACUAUUCAUGACAUUCCAUCAAUUUUGGCAUCAACUUUACAUGUAGCAGCUACUCCAGCAAACAUUAUGGCUGGAUUCAAAGUGACUGGGAUUCACCCUCUUAACAGAUUUGUAUUUUCUGAUGCUGAUUUCAUGCCUUCAUAUGUAACUGAUAGACCAGAAACUACAUCAACUACUAAUAUGACUACGAACGCUUCAGGUCCUAUCAAUAUUUUGAUCAGUAGCCCCAGGCCUUCCACUUCAGCACAAGUAGACUUGCUAAAUACUUCGCCCAGUAGCCCAAGGGCUUCCACUUCUGCACAAAAGGACUACCCCACACCAGAAGAACUGAGGCCAUUUCAAAAGGCAGGACCAAGGCUUGGCACUAAUAAAGGAAGGAAAAAGAGGAAGUCUGCAAUUUUAACUGAUACCCCAGUUAAAGAAGCCCUCAGGCAAGAACAGGAGGAAUCAAAGAAGAAAAAAAUUAAGAUACAAGAAAACAAGAAGAAGAAGUUAGUUAGAGAUUUAUUGGUUUCUAUGGAAACAGAAGAAGAAGGUAACAGCAGCAAAGAAAAAAUCAGGAGAACAACUAAAAAAGGAAAAAAAUUGGUCCACCUCAGCAAACUGAAAAUAAACCAGGAUUCAGAUAGUGAAGAUGAAAACUGUUUGUGCAUUUAUUGCUUGAAGCCAUUUAAACAGUCUAAAAAAGGUCAGGAAUGGGUUCAAUGUCUCCGAUGUAAAAAGUGGGCUCAUGACAAGUGUAUAGCAGAAGACACUUCAUUUUUCAUUUGCAGAAACUGCAACAGCGACGAUGAAGAUUAAUAGGCUAAAAAUUUCAUGUUUUCAGUUGGAAAACCCAUUUAUUUUUUAUUUAUCACAUACUGUAGCCUAUAUUGUCGUUAAUUUUCUUAAUUUUUAUUUUAAAACUGUGGUUUGAAGUAUAAAUAAAUAUUUUUAUUUGAUAAAAGAUUGAUUUUUCUCAUUUAUUUGUAUGCCUUAUAACAUGCGUAAAUGUUCCCCGCUUGAUGCGUAAACUUGCCCCGGCCCGGGGCAAGUUUGUGCACCUGACUUGGACUUGAAAAAAAAAAAAUUCUUGGCCAAAAU